AUGAUUCCGCUCCGCUCCGUCAUAUUUUUCGUAACGGUCUUCCUCUUCCUAUCCUCCUGCGCCGUCUACGCCCCAAAGGUCCUAAACCCGGUUCCUCCGACCAAGGAAAAGCGCCGCGAAGACAGAGCCUGGGUAUCCUCUUCUCCCUACUGGCUCGACCGCCAAGCAUGUCGCUGGAUGGGCCUCUGCGGCCUCCAUCAUCUUCGUAGCGACCCGCCUACCAGAUCGAUAUACGUGCCGCCACCCCACGAUGGUGAGCUCGAUGACGAAGACGCUGCCGGUAGGAGAUUGGAACUUCGCUCUUUGCCCGUCCUGGAUGACGCAGCGCGCGAGGCUGCGUGGGAGUCGGUGCCCACCUCUCAGCUCACCGGCCAAGGGAUCCCCAAGUUUGUGCUUGACCACGCACCACUUGUCCACAUGUGCUCCCAGGAAAACUUUUGGCCCGCCGAUAUUGCCGAGCAUAUCCAGCAUGUCUCCCCUCAUAUCGACACCUCGGUCGAUGACGACCCUGAUCGACUCAACUUGACCCAGCCGCUGUCCCUUCACAAUCUCCACGAGAUGCUGAAUAAUUAUUCGGCUUCCGUCUUCCUCGUCAGCGACACCGACGUCGAGCACCGGCCUGAAUGGCUUCAUAGUGACGUUGGCAUCCCGGUCCAUUCGGACGACAGCGAUUUCGACGACGGCGCCGACGACUCAUACGAGAUCCCCGACCCGAAGAUGAGGGCUGGCCCAGCGACAACCCGAGACUUACGCCCCCACGUCCUGCCCCGGCAGCACAAGCCGGAUGAGGGCGGCUACUCCAAGGCACCCGCCGUCCUUAUCCUCGUGGACAAGGGUUCCGGGAUUCUGGAUGCCUUUUGGUUCUUCUUCUACAGCUACAAUCUCGGCCAGACCGUCCUUGGCAUCCGGUUCGGCAACCACGUUGGCGACUGGGAGCACGCCAUGGUUCGGUUCGAGAAUGGCAUUCCUAGGGGCAUCUUCUUCUCCGAGCACGAGGGUGGCCAGGCCUACGCUUGGUCCGCCGUCGAAAAGAUUGGCCACCGGCCCGUCAUCUACUCUGCGGUUGGCAGCCACGCCAUGUACCCGCUUCCCGGCGUCCAGGCCUAUAUCCUUCCUUUCAAGCUCCUCAAAGACGUGACCGAUCGCGGCCCCAUCUGGGACCCCGCCAAAAAUAUCUACGCCUACCACUACGAUUACCGGCUGGACGAUCCCGAAGACCCCGAGGCCCAGGCUCAGAGUCUUAUGCCUGCCGAGGAGAACCCCAACGCUCCUACGGGCUGGUUCCACUACACGGGUGCCUGGGGCGACAAGCUCUACAGCCUCGCCGAUAUGCGGCAGUGGCGCCUCUUCGGACAGUAUCACUAUGUCACAGGCCCCAUGGGCCCGAAAUUCAAGGCCCUCAAUCGCGAGAAGAUGUGCACAACCAACAGGUGUAGAAUUUUAAAUUCCAUCGUACCUGGUACCACGUGGUAUUAG